AUGCCUGCACAAAUUACUCUUUAUGACCUCGAGCGAUCGCGUUCGCAGAGAAUUGGCUGGCUUUUGGAAGAGCUCAAGGUAGACUAUAACGUCGAGACGUUUAAGCGUAACGAGCGUCAGAGAGCCGAUCCUGCACUAUUCAAGAUCCAUCCUCUCGGAAAAGCACCAGUGAUCAGUGUUGAUGGUAAGAUCAUUGCUGAAAGUGCUGUGAUCAUUGACUAUCUGAUCAAGAAUUUUGGUCAAGGAAGUGAGCUCGAGGCCAAGAACGAAGAAGAGGCCUUUGAUAUCAACUACUAUCUCCACCACUCCGAGGCCACUCUUCAGCCAUGUUUGUUAUUGCUGUUCGUCACCGACGUGACAAACAAACAAGCUCCCUACCUCCUCAAAUCAGUUGCCAAAAAGGUCACCGAGGCCCAAGACGAUGGCUAUGCUCUGCCCGAACUCAAGCUCAACCUGAAGUACCUCGACGACAAGCUCAAGACCAACGGCACCGGUUUCUUCGUCGGCGACCAUCUCUCCGGUGCCGACAUCAUCUACUCGUUCCCACUACUCGACGCCAAACACCGCAAGUUCGCGACCGCCGAGGACUACCCCCAUAUCUUCAAGUGGAUCGAUCUCAUUACCGCCCGUCCCGCCUACAAAGCCGCUCUCGAGAAGACCGGCAAGCCUGCUAAAAUCUAA